GACUGGAGCAGAGGCUGCAGCUUCAGUAGCAGGUGGUUCUCCCUCCCUCUCUCUCUGGCUGCUCUGGGGCCAGCAGCACCAUGCCUCUGGGGCUGAGGGGGAAAAGGCGAGGGCAGCCCAAGGAGGCGAGGGCGACGCUGGUGGAGGGCGAGGCCCCCCUGGCCAGCCAUGGCAACGGAGGAGCAGGGAGAGGGGUGGCUGGGGCUGGGGCUGCUGCCUCGGCGGGGGCCCCCGUCCGCCUGGUCUUCCACACGCAGCUGGCCCACGGCAGCCCCACCGGGAGGGUCGAGGGCUUCGCCAGCGUCAGGGAGCUCUAUGCCAAGAUAGCCGCCGCCUUCUACAUCGCCCCCGAGGAGAUAAUGUUUUGCACUUUGAAUACCCACAAAAUUGAUAUGGACAAGCUCUUAGGAGUCCAGAUUGGUCUUGAAGAUUUUAUAUUUGCUCAUAUAAAAGGAAUAAAAAAGGAAGUGGAAGUUUUCAAAUCUGAGGAUUCACUUGGACUUACUAUUACUGACAAUGGAAAUGGAUGUGCAUUCAUAAAGAGAAUUAAAGCAGGCAGUCUUAUUGACCAAAUAAAAACUAUAUGCGUCGGUGACCACAUAGAAUCUAUCAAUGGAAAAAGAGUAGUAGGCUGUCGUCAUUAUGAAAUUGCUAAGAUUUUAAAGGACUUGGAGAAGGGUCAGACAUUUACGCUAAAAUUAAUAGAACCAAUGAAAUCGUUUGAAAUGAUUGAGCCACGAUCAAAGGGUGGAGGUUUUGUAGAGGGGAAAAUCUCCAGAGGCAAAGAAACACUUCGACUAAGAUCCAAAGGACCUGCUACAGUGGAAGAAAUGCCUUCAGAUGUUGAAGAAAAGGCUACCAAAAAAGUGGAUGAUCUUCUUGAAAUGUACAUGGGGAUAAGAGAUCUUGAAUUAGCUGCAACAAUGGUAGAAGCUGGGAAAGGCAAGAACAACCCUGAUGAGUUUGCAGUUGCCCUUGAUGAAGCUUUAGGAGACUUUGCAUUUCCAGAUGAAUUUGUCUUUGAUGUGUGGGGAGCCAUAGGAGAUGCAAUGCAUGGACGAUUUUAAAGAGAAUGGCAACUUUCUGAGGACAUAAAAUGUACAGCUAUAUACAUGGCACAGAAUACAAAGCAAAUCCAAAAAAAUAGAAGCUUUUGAAUAUUCAGAAGGCUGGAUAAUUGAUAUUAAUUGAAAGUGAUGCAAAUAUAUUUCAAAAUAAAGCUGUGUUUAGGACUGUACUCACAAAAGGCUUUAAGAAUAUCAAUCAAUUUGAAAUAUUCACUUGAAAUCUUCACAGAAUCAUAUUAUUUGUGGGCCUACCCUACCUCAUUGCUUUUCAAAAUUAAUGGGGGCAGUAGAUCUAGAGAUCAUGGUGACAGUCCCAUAAAAAUAUAUUGUUUUUCUUAUCAUGAAAGGAAUAUUUCUGGGAAUUCCUGAAGCCAGGGAAGAAUUCUAUUGCUAACCCAUACUUGCUGUUUUGUUAUUUCCCUACAGUGACUACAGAUGACAUGAUGCUCUCUUUCCAGCAUUUACUUCCAUUACAACAGGACAUUAUACUUGGGGUUGUAUUGGCACUAAAGAAGGCCAUUGUUUAGAUGAGAGGAAGUGGAGGAGAGAAAUCAGUGUUAGAGGACAUAGUUUGAACAUAUUAAGUCAUGGGUGGACCACUGAAUGAAGGCCAGAGACCAUUUCCCCUCUAGCCCCCCUGUAGGCUGAAUCCCAACAUAGCAAAGUUUAAAUAACUCCAUUCCCUUUGUAGUUCCUCUCAACAUGAAUACAGGAAGUGACCUUGCACUGCAGAGGAAAUCUGAGAUUUUGGGGAGUAGUACAGGGUUCUGGGAGUGGGUUGAGGGUUUUUCAUAUGUUUUCAUGCAUUUUGUUUUUUGGGGGGGGGUUGCCCCCAAAUCACACCAAUAUUUUUUUUAAAAAAACAUUUUUGAAGAGAUUGUGGGAUUUGGGGGACUGAGGAGAGGCAUCAAAGGCCAUAAAUGUGAAGUCCAGGGGCUGCCUGGAGGCCAUUGGCUGCUCUGUGCCCACCCCUGUAUUAAUUCCUCAGAUUAAGUGCUUGGCUCUGCCCUAGGACUUCCAAUUAAAGAUUUUAAGAGGGUUAGGAAUAUCUCAGACACUGAAAACUGUUGCCAGGCAGAGUAGACAGUACUUAGGUAAACUAUCAUUAACUGAGAAGAUCUUAUUUUUAAAAUCACAGCCAUGGAAAUUCUGUGUUCUGUAGUGGUGGUGUUUUAAGGUAUUAGAGCACUAGAAAAUUUGGUACAACACACAAAUGAUUCUUCUAUUAGUUUUCACACUUGACACUUUGGCAAAACAAAUGAAGAAAAAAAUGACCAAAGAAUAUGUAUUAAAUUUGAAAACAACCUUUGGUUUCCUUUUUGUAUGAAUGCAAUUCCAGAACAUACAUUGCAGGUACAGUAUACAGUCAGCCCUCCAUAUCAGCAGGCUAGCCAUCUGUGAAUGCCCGGUUAUUGUCAAUGGCAGUGUGUGUAUGCAGUCACACCAAUGUGGCCACACAGAUGUUAGCAUCCAUUGAUGGUAAUGGGAUUUGAAGUCCCACAUUUUUUUGGUGUGUGUGUGUGUGUGUGUGACUGAACUACCAUUGAUACAGAGAGCCGACUGUAUUUAUUGUGUCACUUAGGACACUAACUUUGCUUUUCAUUGCUGUUUCAGAUGGAAUUAAAUUAGGGGGUGGCAAAUCCUUUGUUUCCAGUGUUGCUGAGCUGCAACUGCUACCAUGGAUCAUACUGCUUAGAGCUGAUGGGAUUUGCAGUCCAAUGAUAUUUGCACAGCUUUACUUUGUCUGCUGUGGCUUAUAUGAAUGUAUUUUGGAAAAACUCAGGCAUAAAUCCAAUCUUGUGUUGUUCUGCAGCACCAGUGUAUUGAAAUGUUCUUCAUUUCUUCUCCCUGCUGCAUCAUUCAGUGCUGAAUAAAAAUCAGUUUCAAAGGCCUCCCAGGCCCCGAAGAAAAGUUGCUGGGGUGCACCAAUGGCCCCAUUAUGACCCAUUUCACUUCCACUGAUAGAAACAGUGUAACUCACUGGAACAUGAGUAUAGUAUAUAAAAUUACUAAAUUUAAAUCACGUUUACUGUUUACUUUACGUUAUCAGAAAAAGAACACUAUUCUUUUGGCUUCAUAUGUAAGUUUGGGGAGUUUGGAUAGGUGUUGCUACCAAACUGCAGUGAAGCUUAAAGAAAUGUUUAAGCAAAGGCAACCCUUCUCUGAACAAAUCUUGCCAAAAAAAAACAACAAACUGAUAGGUUUGCCUUAAGGCCAACUUGAGGACACACAGCAACAAAUUGUUUAUUUUCCAUCAAAAAUUAUCCCUCCAUAAGCAAGAAUAAAUAAGAAUAAAAAAGCCCAUUUUAAUGCUACUCCCACUUAUUCUUUGUGGGCAGUAUCCAGUGGAGUUCUUGUUAUAAAGCCCAGUGUUUAUAUCAGAAUCUGCAACUCUGUCUACACUGUAACUCGGUUAAAAGAAAAGUAAGCUGGGAAAUCCUCUGGAACAUAUCUUUUGCACCAUAGAGAUUGCAGCAGGAGAAGAAAGGUAAAACAUCUCAGUUCUUCUAUUAGGUACCAAAGUUGGAUGUAGGCUUAUAGUUUAGCUAUAUAAGAUUCAUAUUAAAGUCCUAGAAAAUAACAAGUAACCUCAUCAUAGCUGAUGUUGAUGAUCAUAAUCCUGUUUAUUGCACUAACAUAUCUUGGUCACUUUUUAAAAAAAAACCCAGAAGUUAUUUCUAUUUAUUUGUGUUCUCAUGUCACAAAAUGUAAAUGUGUUUAGGUUUUAGCAUUAGAUUUUUUUGAAUGCAGUUUUUUGUAAAUUAAAACACUGAGGGUAGUGUGCCAAUUAUUUUUAAAAAGAGAGAAAUGAGAUGAAUUCCACUAGAGAAAAGUUCUGCUUAAGACAACAGAUGUUUGAAUUACACACAUCUUUUCAUGAGAUAGAAUGGAAUGACUGGUGAUUUUAAGCUACAUAGAGGAAAAUCUACUUAUAAGUUCUAUGUAAUCACUUAAAAUGAAUAUGCAAAUAUUCACCUUUUUCUCACACCAGUUAACUUUGAGAUUGUCAAGUCGAUUAUUAAGGUUUCCUGCAUGAACACUCAGUUUAACCUGUCCAGGACACCAAAGAAAAUAACAGAACAUUGCGUAGUCACUUAAAUUCUGGAGUUGGGCAUAUAAUUAAUACAGAUUAUGUAUGAAACAUUCACGACACUUCAACAAUUGGAAAAUAAAUGAAUUAUUUUAUUGCGGGAAAAUACCUGUAUAUAUUUGACUGUAAGUUGACAUCAAGUAUAAAUUGAUAUGACCCAUAGAUAAGUCAAGUGUAAAAUUUAGGGGCAUGUAAUAAAGGAUGUAAAGGAUGAAAAAAAAGAGUGUGAUGCCAAAGAGUUUACAAAAUUCCAGCAGGCAUAACUGUUUGUACUCGCCCUAAAGAUUAGGUGGAUGAGGAGGGAACUACGGUAAAUCGUGGCUGUGCAAUGUGUGGGGCAGGCAAACAGGCGCAAGUGGGGCUAAGAAAACACAAACGUUAAAAAAGAUGAAAAAGCAAAGCAAAGAAAAUGUCAGUUAGUAGUUGUUAUAGCCUUUAAUAUUAAUGGGAUAACUUGCCUGAUUUUAGCUCAGAGAAUGUGACAAACAUACAAAAACGUCUUAUACAAAUCCUUCAAAGCUUGAUUCUUCUUGGUGUUCCUUUGAGAAGAAACUCCAAAGAGCUGCCACCACCACCAUUUUCUGGCCCAGGCAUUCAAAAAAGUCAGAAGCGGUGCUGCAGUGGAAGAAAUAAGAGUUGGUGCUUCUUUUAGGUGAUUCCAGGACAAGUUAUGUUCUUGCCUUUUGUCACUCUACUCCAAUGAUUCCCAAACUUUGGUCCCCCAGGUGUUUUGGACUUCAACUCCCAGAAGCCAGCAUAGCCAGCAGGCAGGAAUUCUGGGAACUGAAGUCCAAAACGUCUGGAAGAUCAAAGUUUAGGGACCAUUGCUCUACUCAGAGAAGGGGAUGAUUAAAUUUGACUAAAAUUUCUACACUGAUACCUGAGUAUAUACAGUAAUUUGUCUCAUGGGACAUAUUCCUUGCUUGAAUGUAUACCUCCUUGACAUGCCCCUACAAUGUCUAUGGGUCCAUUUGCACAUCACUUGGAGCCAGGGGAAUACCAGGCUGUACUUGGAAUUUCAGCUGCGCUACCUUAUAUAAAGAAGGUUUGUGUGUUUGUGUGUGUGAAUUCUAGCUACUGAAGUUACCAUGAAGGCAAUAUCCCUAUCAAAUGGAAAACAACAAUAAUUUGUCUAUAAUGCUUUUUAGUAUAAUGCAGCAUCUGAAACAAGGAAGGACUGCUGUUUAAUCUGAUUUAGAUGUAUUUUCUCAAUUGUGAUUCUGAGCAAGAAAUCAAUUUAUUUUGGGUCUGUCGUUGUCCCAGUUGGAUUAAUUUCAGAGUAUAAAUAUGUCUUAAAUACUGGAAAAUAUUAAGGCAAAAGUAAAGUUGAGUAAAUGUGAUUCAAGGGGAUGCUAGGAUCUAAGAUGAUAUUUCAGUCAUUUUGUUUAAAAAUGCUUGAAAAUAAAGUUUAGCAAACCUAUUUUUAGAAUACCUGAUUCAAUGGAGACGGUCUGCCAACUUUAAUUCCAACCUCUCUUUAAUACAUAUAUUUAAUUUGCUAAACAUGAUAUUACAUGCUAGAGUCAGAUAAACACUCUUCAGUGUUAAAACUACUGUUACAUUUUGUUGAUUAUGGUGGGGUUUUUUUUGUUCUGUGUGAUUCUGAACUUUGUAUUAUGUAUGUUUACCAUAUUUUCUGCUACACAUGUUAGAUUUUAAGUAGUAAAGAAUGAUUGGAGUAACACAUAAAAUCUGACACUUGUUUCAGAACCACUGAGGCCUAAACGGAAUUGUAGUGAAUUCUGUUCUGUAGAAAAAACUAAUUGAAUCAAUGGAAACCUGAUUAGUCAACAUUUAGUAAGUUCCAUUGAUUCAGUGGACUUCAUCUAAUUGGAACUAACCAUUGGACUUGGACAUGUUUUUUUUAAAAGCCAAAUGUGCUAUGAGAGCAAAGUUUAAAACAGCUUGAGCUUAUUUGUGCAAACAUUGUAACUUCACAACGUUCUUUUGUACUUGGAUGCUAAUAAAUAAAAGAA